CACACUGGGCUGUAAACCCUUCAGUAGCUCUCCAAGGGGUCUCUGCCUCAGUGCGUAAAGUUAAGGACGGUGCUCCGGACGCACCGCGCAACGUUAUCCCUCAGGCUCCAUGUGCGUCACCUCUGCGUGAGACUUGACAAGGAUUUCUGAUAUUUUGAUACUACUACCCGCGCGGGUCGCUGACGGAUGAAAACAUUAGCGUUUUGCUGAUGUGAAGGCGUUUUACCCUUGAACACAUCAUCUGUCCCGGAGCGCAGAGGGGACAUGGGUCAACUUUAUGGUGCGACUCUUUUACCAUUUGGCGCUAUCUGUGUUGUUUUCCUGUGGCGAUCUGGGGCCAGCUCUAUCAGGACGACGCUUGAAGUGGACACCUCGAGAGCCGAGUGUCCAGCUAGUAAGAUCUUGACCGUGGAGUAUCCCUGUGUCAGAGCUGGGGGGAAGAACAGCACUUGUUUCAGGAGGAAAUGCUGUGACGGAUUCAGGUUUGUGAUGGGCCAGUGCAUACCUGAAAGCGUGGACGUGUGUGCAGCGUCGCCCUGCGAACAGCAGUGUACUGAUAACUUUGGACGAGUUGUCUGCACAUGUUACCCCGGCUAUCGCUUCGACCGAGAGCGACACCGCAACCACAAAUCUCCUUACUGUCUGGACAUUGAUGAGUGUGAGCAUCCAGACAGCAGCAUGUGUGACCAUGAGUGUGUGAACACAGUGGGCAGCUUCCUGUGUCGCUGUCGCAGUGGCUACAUACUCACACCAGACCAACGCUCCUGCAUCCCUGUGCACAACUUGAGUUCUUCGGGGAAGUCCGACACCCUGAUGAGUUCUGGUACCUGCUCGUUCACCUGUCAAGAUUUUAUGAACAUGAAAAGCAGUCUGCUGCAGCUAAAACUGAGGCUGGGCAACACACAGUCACCCAACCAGGUUCCUGGCCUGGCCAACAGCAGUGACAAGCCGUCUCUGGGGAGGGCAGGAAAAAGUCCUGAUCGUCCUUGUCUUCCUGGUUUACCCGGCCCUCCAGGAGCUCCUGGGGUCCCAGGACACCCAGGAGAACCAGGAAAGAGAGGGGACCCAGGGGAAGGAGGCCCGCCUGGCCCUCGGGGGCCACGGGGAGACAUGGGACCCAUGGGUCCAGAGCCAGACCUGAAGCACAUGAAAAGAGGCCGCAGGGGGCCAGUGGGACCAUCUGGGGCAACGGGAAGAGAUGGACUAAAGGGUGACAGAGGAGCUCCAGGUCCCAGUGGUCCUCCAGGACCACCAGGCUCCUUUGACUUCCUUCUGCUAAUGAUGGCUGACAUCCGCAAUGACAUAAUUGAACUGCAGGAGAAGGUGUUUGGGGAGCGGCGGGGAAUCUCUAUGGACAGUCCUCCUCAUUCCAGCGGAGAAAUGGAUUUUGUAGAGUGGGGUUCUGGACAAGGAGAUCUCCUGCUCAGUACCUGACCUUUGACAUCCCACACAUUCACUCGAACCCAGCAAAACAAACACCAAACUUAACUCUUUAUUUCCUUGUUGAUAAAGUUUGCUGGGAGUCAAAGUGCCUACAUGUAAAUAAUACCAAACCACACAGCUGGGAUGGACUGGGCAAGGAGCCUUGACUGCAUUUUUGACACUGCCACAGACAGUAAAACAGAGAGAUAUAUGGAUUAUAACAAACAGAAAUUGGACCACAGACUCUCUUAACCACUGCAAGCACUGUCUGACUGCUUUUUGUAUGCUGUGGUGUGAGUGAGGGGUGUUUGUGCAAUACAUAGAGGGAGAACGAUGCAGUGCCUUUACGUAUGAGCUGAACCACUUCAAACGAUGAACUUAAUCGUCUACAUCUCUUCCGGUUCUUGAGUCUGCCCAUGGAAGUUCUGCUGCCACUGAUAGUUUUCCUGCAGGGCGUCGGUACAACGACCCAGGACGCGCACUGUGAGCCUCCCCUGCACCUGCCCGUCUGAGCUCUGUGGCUAUUCUCUACUUGAGGCAUCUUCAAAAAAUAUUUCGUGAGAUUCAUGGGUAUUACAAUCAUGUAGCCUAUAAAAACAGUCUAAUGUAUUUUUGAAAAUGUACAAUUAAACAACGUCAAGUAUGAUAAACCAAAAAAAUAUUUACAGCAAAAUAUGUUCAUGGAUAAUCUCAGAGAGACGCAUAAACAUUAAGACAUUCAAUAUUUUGACAAUGCAUUUUAAAUAAGUAAAAAUGCUUGUUAGCUGCUAUCUAUUUAGAAAUAAAAAAUAACGUGCAGUAUUAUGUAAAUAUUACCAUGAAAGGUUGUAGACAAUCAAAUUGAAAGGAUACAAUGGGUUUAUGCAUUUAGAAAAGUGCAGGGAGGCAAACAAUCCUUUUUUAAGGGGCUUGUAACCCUUAUAUUGCCAGUCAAUCUGACUGUGAGCAUAUUCUUACAGUAAUAAGAGAAAUGACCCGACAGGAAUGGUUUCCAGAGAAUGAGGGUUCCACAUUUUCUCGUACUUUCACUUGGUGGUUGACCAGAAAGAAGAGACAUAAAGAAGGACGUCUGCUUGAAGGUUUGUUUUUUGUUUUUUCAAUUUCAAGUAGUUGCCAACAAGGGCUUAGUGUUAUUACAAUGGGCAGCUCAAAUAGGGCUACAUCCGCUGGGGCUCUAAUAUCUGGAUCAAAGGAAUUUUAAUGUCGACCAAAGAGCGAGACGUGCAUGUACCUUUUCCUGUCCAGAUAAUUUUAAACCAUAAGUGGCUUUAGCAGGCAACAGAUUCCCAGAGGGUCAAAAUAAUCAAAGCCAACAGUGAGCAAGGAAGACGUCUGUCUGGAAAAUGGAUACAUAAUACUCCUCUCCUCAAUCUUCUUCGUCUUUUAACACAAUUUGCACCAGAAGCACUACUGGAGCUCAGAAAACCUCGGACAAAGAGUUAAAAAAAAACUAAUUUUAUUACCAUACUAUUGUCCUGCUACAAAAUGACAUUUGGAAUUGCACUGCUGCUACUUGAAGUAAAGCGUCUCCACCAGCAGAGGCUGCUAAGUCCCAGGUUAUACCACUGAUAGUUGGGCCUGACCACUCUGAAUCACUCUGAAUACCAACCAGGUGAGACAACAAAAGUUUUUCAUGGCAUUUCAUGUAUGAUUACGAUCCAAAAAUAUUAAUAGUUUCCCAAACUCGCAAGUUAUGUAAAACAAAGAAAUCCUCCUUGAAUGCAUGUUUUAGGCGCAUGCCAUCCUCCUGUUCACAUGCCAAUGAACUGUAGCGUGGCUGAGUAUCAUUAUAACAGUUGUAGGUAUCAGAGGUUAGAGGUUAAUGCCUGGGUAUAAACAUCUGGGGGGAUGAUUAUAGACCACAGGCUGUCACACGGGGCCUGUUUGGGCUCGUAACCACCACCAAGAAAAGUUUGAAAAAUAACUCAGUGUCUGUUUGAUCAUGCUGUGUUAGAGCUCACCCUGUCUGGCCUUUUGCUGUGUUUGAUGGUUUUAUCCUGAGGAACAGAUCUCAGUAAUGUGUGUGUGUGUGUG